CGUCAAACGUAUAAAAUCGGUUCGCACAGAGAACGCGUUGAUUUUCGGUUUCUUCUCGCGCGCGCCUAAAUUCACCGUAGAUUCCGGAACAGUGACGUGAGUGUGUCAAAAUGUCCAGUUUCGGGUUCGGAACGCCAACGACGAGCGCGCCAGCGUUCUCGUUCGGAACGUCAACAGCAACAACGGCCGGAGGCGCCGCUCCCGCUCUCGGUUCGACUCCUGCGCCAGCUUUUGGCGGAUUUGGAGCGACUCCGGCUGCGCCGGCAGCUGCUGCCCCGGCUCCCGCCUUCGGAUCGUUGACCGCCAAGCCGGUGGCGGCAGCUGCCCCUUCGUUUAACUUCGGCACGUCGACAACGGCCGCGACCACGACUACGGCCUCAACCGGAUUUGGGCUUCCGACGGCAGCAACGGCCACUCCGGCCGCCGUCCCAACGUUGACUUUUGGCGCAGCGGCGACUUCAGCCGCUCCGACCACUUCCACCGCGCUGCCAACUCUUUCGUUGGGAGCGGCUUUCGGUGCCGGGACGGCAGCAGCCGGAGGUGGUCUGUUCGGUGCGAAAUUGGCCACGGGAACCGCCCAGAACACGACCCAACUGUCCACAACGCUCACGGCGGCCCCGGCCGCAACGCAAGCCACCCCCAAACCAAUCGGCCUCGGCGGUGUGGACAUCAACGCGGCCGCGCCAAAGUCCGUCGAGGGAAAACCGGACAGCACCAAAGCGAAAGAGUUCCAGGUUCCGCAGGAGCUGGUGGCCACCGUCGAGCAGCUCAAGGAGCACAUCAAGCGGCAGAAAACGUUCAGCUCGGACAUUGCGCGGACGUCCUCGCGGAAGGUGUACAACGUGACGAACGAAAUCAGCCGCCUGAACUGGAAUCUGAUCGACAUUUCGAACAGCGUCACGACGAACCAGUCGGCGAUUAAGCUGUUGAGGGCGGAAACGGGCGGGAUCAUCCAGCAGGCGGAUAUGGCCCAGCGGACGCACGACACGCCGGCGGGGCUGCAGUUCGAGAACACGAUGCCGCUGCAGUACUUUAUCGAGCUGAUCCAGAAGUACGAGCAGGAUUUGCUGAACUUGAAGCAGCAGGUCGAACUAACCGAGAAGCACAUGCACUCCCUCUCCGUGCCGCAGCACUUUACCGCCAUGGACCUGAAGCGCGGCCUGCAGCAGAUCCACGAGAGCUUCGUCGCGCUCGCCGGCCGGUUACACGAAACGCACCAGAAGGUCGAAGCCCAAAAGGACCAGUACAUGAACCUGCGCCGCUAUCUGCUGCGCGACAACACGGACGUGUUUGACGUCAAGGAGGGCGGCACCGGAUCUGCGGACCAGUCGUCCGCGCGCUUCUCCAGUGCCAUCUCGACCGGACCGACUCCGUUCUCGACGCUGAUGGGCGCCGGCAUGAGUUUGAGUGCGGUGGCGGCUGCGGCGUCCAAGCAAACCCAGGACACGACAAUGUGGCCGCGAGCUGGUCAGUCGGGUACGGGACUGGGGGUGGCUGGCCCGAGCACCGGAAUGUCCGCCUUUGGAUCGACGCUGAUGGGCGGCGAGAGUGGCGCAAGUGGGACGACGAUGUCGUUUGGAACGGGGGGAGCGUUCAACCUGCAGACGCCGCCGCUGGGGAUUAAGCGGAACAAGCACUAGAAGAGAGGACAGUUUUUCAACCGAGAAUAUACCCCGUUUCAACACAUUCAA